AUGGGACCUUACCACUGGUCGGGAGUAGUUGGCGUUGCAAAAGUGACGAUCAAAUUGAGCGAUUCUUUAGGUACGUAUAGGAUAUCAGAUAACAUUGUGUCGUCUAAGACGGGGCUAGCAUGCAAAUAUACUGCUGGUUACUGUAUAGAUGCGUAUGAAGGUAUGAUCACCUGGGACAUAAUCACAGACGACAAGUGUUCUAUGAACUCCUAUCUCGUACUCUAUAGGGGUAGGGUCUCUAAAAUAACAAUAAAAUCAACUGAUAAUAGCCAAGAUGCUUACACCAUGUACUCAGUGAAGGACGGAAAAUUCUUAGCGGCACUAAUAGAAAGAGGAUCAAAGGUCAUAUGUGGUAUAACUGUAAUAGUUACAGAUCAUCCCAAACUCCUGAUACAGGAGGUUAAGAACGGUCUCUACUAUUUCAAACAAGAUACACUAACAGCUAAGAACAUGGACAUCUUUCUCUAUGUGAAUGCAAAGUUCACACACAUUGAGAAUCAUAUGAGGAGAGAAAUCAGUUCUAUGUAUGAAACCCUUGUGCAAGAACAGUGUAAGACAAGACGAUCUUUGCUCCAGACUUAA